AUGAAAAUAACGAAAGUAUAUUUUUGUUUCAUAUAUUUAUUAAUUAUUAAUUUAUUAAAACAGUGUUUAUGUGAGAACUACUUAUAUGAAAAGGAUAACUACAAUCUAGCAGAUCCUUUUGCUAAUAUAUUGGAAGAAAAAAAAAAGAAGAAAAGAAAAAUUUUGUAUGCGCUUAUAGGUACAGCAAUAACACUAGCUGGAAUUGCUGCAUUGGGAAUUGGAAUUCAUGAAUCAAAACGUAAAUCUAUUUGGGAUACACAAUUAGCUGUAAUAUCUGAUGACAUUCUUAAAAGUGCCAUAGCAAAAGGAAUAGAAAAUUCAAAAGAAAUUUAUAGAAGAGGAAUACAUGAUAUCAACAAAAUUUUACCUUCCAUUAAAGAUAUAAAAGAGUACAUGAGGGAAGAAAUAAAAAGAAAAGAUUUGAAAUUUACAAGAUCCCAAAUGAAAGAAUUUGAUUCCAUGAGUAGAUAUGCUCUGUAUUCUAUUAAGUAUGCUAUGGAAACAUAUAAAAAAGGCUGUGAAUUAGAAAUGCUUUAA